AUGGAGAUUCCCCUUGGUCUAAUUCCACGCCUUAUGACGAAAGGAGAGUCGGCGUGGCGUAAAGUGAAGAUUGAGGGAAAUAGAGAUAAAUUCCCUUCUAGGGUAUUCCGAAGGUGUAACCUAGGCAACGAAAGAAAAAGGGGCCCGAGACUUCAACUAGAGGAGCGACCAGUUGGUUCACCAAACCCCGACCCAGCGUCACGCGUUCUCCAGGUCCGAAGGGAUCCAGUGCCCAACUACCGACUCCUUCCGGAAUUGCGUUAUCGGAGCCGAGCCAGGAAUGGCCGUUAG